AUGAAUACUUCGUUAAUACCCGCGUUUCGUUUUGUCUUCACAAGUUUCGAAAAAUUUUUCACCAGAGUUCAUAUCAUUUCAAAAAACAACACACCGACACUGAUUCUCCAUGAAAAAUCUACUCUAAAUUAUUUAAUAAUUGGUCGUUCCUUGAGUUCUGCUGCAAAUUCAGAGGAAACCGAGGAAUCCAACGAAAACUGUUCAAACUCAAACAAUAAAGUAAUAGAGAUCGAACUGAACGAACAAGAUUUAAUCGAAUCAUUUGUCAAGGGAUCAGGAAAUGGUGGUCAAAAGAUUAACACGACAUCCAACUGUGUCGAUUUGAGACACAUACCAACGGGCAUUCGAGUCCAGUGUCAACAAACACGUUCCCUACAGCAAAAUCGGUCCAUAGCAAGAAAGAUCAUGAUUCAGAAAUUAGAUAACUAUUUUAAUGGUGAUCUUAGUAAAUCCGCUGUUAAAGGAGAUCGGAUUAAAAAGAGAGAGGCGAAAAGGCGAAAAAGAGCUAAGGAGAAAUACGGGAAUAAACAAAGUGAGCCAACGGAUGAUACAGAGAGUAGUUCAUAA